UAUUUUUCCAGCAUAGAAUGGCUUCUUUAGGUGUACAUGGGUUAGAACUUAUGCUCCAUGCCCCCGUGCAAGUUUGAGUAGACUAGAAAAUACUACCACUCUCUGCAGAAAAAGAAAAACCAAAAAAAAAAACCCCUUCUCCUAUUCGGACCAAGCGGCCCUCUCGACCUCCAAAUUCUGGAUCUGGCAAGGUACCAAGUAGCGCAAGUGUAUUGUAGCCAAUGGGAGUGAGGGGGAGGUCCCUGAGCUCUGACCAGUCAAAUACAUCCUCCUUCCUUAUAUGGCAGCCCGUCUCCAUGGUAACGUGUGCAAAGUUGCAGCAGUGGUGUCAAAGUUCACUAUAUAGAGAGCUCAGUGAGCUGAUCAGAGCGAAAGCAUUCAGCCAGCCAGCUCCUAUACCAAUCGCAAAUCACUUCCUAACCUCUGCUUUUUUUUUAAAAAACUUAUUUGAUCACUUUGAGGUUUUCUUGCCCUGUGUUUUUGUAUGCUCGACACGGAGGCGGUGUUAUCUAUCUAUCUAUUAUCAUCAUCAUCAUUAUUGUUAGUAUUUGAUUUUGUGUUUUCUCUUUUUGGAGGAAGGGAGAGACAUUGCUUCAUAUUCCUGAAAACAGUGCAGCUGCACGGUCGCUGGUGCUUAUACCUCACGAGAAGAACGGAAGGAGACAAGAAGAAAGGAAAAAGACGUUGUUGUUUUUUUUUUUUGGACCUAGUUGAUUAUUUUCUGGAAGACUUGUUUCUUUUUACUUGACAGUAGCGCUGCAUUCACGGGUCGUUUUGAUGCUGCUGUUGCAGUUGCUGAUGCAGGCGCGGUCCCAACCUCCAUCAACCCACCGCAUGUUCGACUGACCGUCCAUGUAUGCUACCUUAGUUGAUUAUCCCACCGCCGGCGCCUUGGACCUCUACUAAUGGUAUUGUGCCCCUUGGACUUGGCAUUUAUGAGCGCCGAGACAGCGAAUCGGCGUCUCCAUUGACAGCGACGACUGUUUUCUAGAGUGGAGCAAAUCCUUUAUGUGCACGUAGACGUCAGAGUUUACACUUUUACCACAGUCCCUUAUUGAAACUUUGGUUCCGAGCGACUGCAAAACGGGAGACAAAAAAAAAGUUUCUUUACGCUGACUGAUAGAUAUGGCAAUGGUAGUGUGGAGAGGCUCCCAGGACGACGUGGCUGACACCCAAGGCGCCCUUUCAUCGCAGACGCCAGGUGGGCUAUCCAUUCCCAACCCACAGGCAGGCCAGCUGAGCCUGAGUGGCUCUCAGGUCGCUCCGCCAACCCCGCACACCCCGGUCCAAGCGGGCGCCCCGAACAAUGCACAGUCCACCCCUACGACCCAGAGCACACAGCAGCCAGAUAAGCAACCGGCGCAGAUCGAGUGCGUGGUCUGCGGGGACAAAUCGAGCGGCAAGCACUACGGUCAGUUCACGUGCGAAGGCUGCAAGAGCUUCUUCAAGAGGAGCGUGCGACGGAACCUCACGUACACGUGCCGGGCCAACAGGAAUUGUCCAAUCGACCAGCACCAUCGCAAUCAGUGUCAGUACUGUCGCCUCAAAAAGUGCCUUAAAGUUGGCAUGAGACGGGAAGUUUCUCUUUUUACUGCAGCCGUGCAGAGGGGACGAGUGCCACCCACGCAGCCACACCAUGGCCAGUUCGCCCUGACCAACGGUGACCCACUCCACUGUCAUUCCUACUUAUCCGGAUAUAUCUCUCUUCUGCUGAGAGCCGAACCUUACCCGACGUCCCGCUACGGCAGUCAAUGCAUGCAGCCCAACAACAUCAUGGGCAUCGAGAACAUUUGUGAACUUGCGGCCAGAAUGCUCUUCAGUGCUGUCGAGUGGGCCAGAAAUAUCCCCUUUUUCCCAGACUUACAGAUAACUGACCAAGUGGCGCUCUUGAGGUUGACGUGGAGCGAGUUGUUUGUGCUCAACGCCGCGCAGUGCUCCAUGCCCCUGCAUGUGGCUCCUUUACUUGCCGCCGCCGGCCUGCACGCCUCCCCCAUGUCUGCGGACAGAGUGGUGGCCUUUAUGGACCACAUAAGGAUCUUCCAGGAGCAAGUGGAGAAGCUCAAAGCUUUGCACGUGGACUCUGCUGAAUACAGUUGCAUAAAGGCAAUUGUGCUCUUCACCACAGAUGCUUGUGGCCUCUCAGAUGUGGCCCAUGUGGAAAGUUUGCAAGAGAAGUCCCAGUGCGCCCUGGAGGAAUAUGUCCGAAGCCAGUAUCCGAACCAGCCAACACGGUUUGGGAAGUUGUUGCUCCGCUUGCCCUCCCUGCGCACAGUCUCCUCCUCGGUCAUAGAACAGUUAUUUUUCGUCCGAUUGGUAGGUAAAACACCGAUUGAAACACUCAUCAGGGACAUGCUGCUAUCGGGGAGCAGUUUUAACUGGCCCUACAUGCCAAUUCAAUAGAGAGGGGGGGAAAAACAUGGACCAAACAAACAAACAAAAAACAUGUUAGGACUGCAUAUGGGUUGCUGAAGGGAGGGGGGGAGGGGAGCGGGUGGGUUCUACAACGAAUAUAUGGAAUUUAGAAAAAACAAAACAUAACUGCUGUUACACGGGGAGAAGAAAGGCGCUGACAUGAACCGCUGUGGAUUCUUUAAAGCCACCACAUCCCAUAAAAGUGAAACAAACAUCCAGCCCUCUCGGUUUUCAAGCGGUGUGGGAUGUCCUGUGUCAUUUCUCUCUUUUUAAUGUGACAAGAACAUCGUUGGAUUGAAAUAGCGGAAGGGAAUUAGAAAAGCUGAAUUUUACAUUUCAUUCAAAAAAACAAAACAAAACAAAACUCUGUCCUGUGUCCCAUGAUGAACUGUUCUAUUUUUCUUUCUUCUUUUGUACUUUCCUGUUGCACUGCCCCUCACUGGUUUCAAACCGACCCAUAUUUGUGUUGUGUGUUACACGUGUUGUUUGUUUUCUGCGUGACAAUGAUGUUGAUUCUGAAACCUCGCGAGUAUUGUUGAACAUUUGAAAUGAUUCUCUGAAAGAAUUUAAACCACAGCAAUAGGAGUAUAGGCUCGUGAUCCGAACGUUUACGUUACAAGCGCACUUAUGGCCGAUCAUUGCCAUCUGCGAAUGUGAUUGGAUGGAUUCAUUUCGAUAAUCUGUGAAUAUUGUUGCUUUAGUUGAUAUGACGACAUUGGGUUACACGUUUUAUACUUUUUUUUUUUUUUUUUUUUUUUUUUUAUUAAAGCCUAUAAGCUCUACAAUAAUGUGACUGCUGUAGUCAUACGACCCAUUUAAAAAAAAAACAAAACUGGCAUACGUUCCGAAGUUUUCAUAAAAAAUAAUACCCAAAGUCUGGCUUUUGUUUCAGUUUGAUCAAAGAUCAUUCAAAAAAAAAAAAGAAAAAAAAGAAAAAAGAAACAUAGCGUUUGCGGUUAUUUCAACUACAAUUGACUCAAACAUGUUGAGGUCAAAGGCUAUAAGAUUUUGCAGCCCCUAGUGUUGAGUGGCAGUAUUUUUUAUUAUUGAUAUCAUUUUUUUAAUUUUUUUUUUAUUGAAGUGUCAAUGUCUUUUCAUUUCAAGCAUCAAGUGCCUGACAAGCAUGUGCUUACUUAUCAAAACACUUGUGAAAGUACUGUCUUUGCUUGUGCGCGUGUGUCCAGUUGUGGCUGGGAUCAGAGAGGUGGCACAAUUAGGUUUCAGUCUUCUGUGUUCUAGCUGCAAAAACACUAAACUUAUAUUCAUUAUUAUUAGACACAGUAUUCCUAAACGCGUAGGUCAGUUGAUUUUCUAUUUUUUCCCUUUUAUAUAAAAUGUGAUUGAGAUAAAAAAAAAACAAAAAACCUGUGGUUGCCAUUAUUUAUUUGUCUUAAUUGCGUCUUUAAAAAUGGAGUGGCAAACUUAGCCAGUAGCACGGAAGUUUAUGUUUUUUUUUUUUUUUUUUUAAUGUGUAUAUAUACAUUUUACUUCUUUUUUUUUCAUGUAUAUUUAAACUGUGAAUGCAUGGCCAGGGGUCGCUAACCUAUUUUAUCUUUGAUAUAUAAAUGUAAAUGUUUUCUCUAUCUUUUUUGUGUUUCUUUUUUUAUUGUAUGGAUAUAAUCUGUGCAUUCGGUACACUAGCCCUUGUAUUUAUUGAAACAAAAAAACAAAAAACAAAAAAAGGACUACGAGGGGAAAGUAACGGCGUCUAUUCCAAGGAUUAAACUGACUUAAACAGGGUGAGUAGGUUCGGGGAGGAGAGAGGAGUGAGUUGAUAUAUUAACUCGAGUAUUAUUGCUCGGAAAGGUCUCAGCCGUGUUGAUACGCGGUGCGUAGGAGCGCCUCCAAGUGGAAGUGAGUGCGGGCGCGUGUGCAUUGGGGAAGGGGGCACAUUUUUUUUUUCUCUCCUUUUGAGGCUUUUUUUUUCUUCUUUCCCUCCUUAUACACACGCGCGCGCACCAGCACGCACUAUGUGCGUGUUGUUGUAGAACAGAAAAAGCAGGGUUCGCUGAGGGAACACUGAACUUUGGCUGCCAGUUGAGGCCACGUGAAGACCAGAGAUUGUAAUUACGAAAACCUUAAACUGACCCACGUUUUUAUAGAAAUACGAAAUAUAUGACUGCAGGGUAUUGAUAAUGUAUAAAUAUUUUUUUUAAAGAGUUAUUGUUAUUAUUAUUAUUAUUAACUGCAAGUGAUAUACGUGAGUGUGCGUGAGUGUUUAUAGUUGAACACAAUUCUUUGUUUGUUUGUGUUAUCUUAAAUGUAAACAAGCAUUCUGCUGUACAUUUGUUCUUGGUAUUAAAUUAUAAUUUAUGAAUUAAAAAAAA